AUGGCAACAUUGGCAUUGCCGCCUGCCUCGCUGCCCUGCACCACCUCGCUGCCCUUCACCACCUCGCAGUAUGCAAUAUUUAGUGGUGAUUUACCAAGAAUUAAACGAACCCAACUAAGAAAGUAUUUUUUGCUUUUUCUCGUCCACAGGUCUUUGCCCAAAUUGAGCAGUCAAGACGAAGAAGGGGGGGCUGGUCAUGGCUUUGGUGGCGGACCACAACACUUUGAACCCAUUCCUCACGAUCAUGAUUUCUGCGAGAGAGUCGUUAUAAAUGUAAGCGGGUUAAGGUUUGAAACACAACUACGUACGCUAAAUCAAUUCCCUGACACACUACUUGGGGAUCCAGCUCGGAGAUUACGGUACUUUGACCCGCUGAGAAAUGAAUAUUUUUUUGACCGUAGUCGACCGAGCUUCGAUGCGAUUUUAUACUAUUAUCAGAGUGGUGGCCGACUACGGAGACCGGUCAAUGUCCCUUUAGACGUAUUUAGUGAAGAAAUAAAAUUUUAUGAAUUAGGUGAUCAAGCAAUUAAUAAAUUCAGAGAGGAUGAAGGCUUUAUAAAAGAGGAAGAAAGACCAUUACCGGAUAAUGAGAAACAAAGAAAAGUCUGGCUGCUCUUUGAGUAUCCAGAGAGUUCACAAGCCGCCAGAGUUGUAGCCAUAAUUAGUGUAUUUGUUAUAUUGCUAUCAAUUGUUAUAUUUUGUCUAGAAACAUUACCCGAAUUUAAGCAUUACAAGGUGUUCAAUACAACAACAAAUGGCACAAAAAUCGAGGAAGACGAGGUGCCUGACAUCACAGAUCCUUUCUUCCUUAUAGAAACGUUAUGUAUUAUUUGGUUUACAUUUGAACUAACUGUCAGGUUCCUCGCAUGUCCGAACAAAUUAAAUUUCUGCAGGGAUGUCAUGAAUGUUAUCGACAUAAUCGCCAUCAUUCCGUACUUUAUAACACUAGCGACUGUCGUUGCCGAGGAGGAGGAUACGUUAAACCUUCCAAAAGCGCCAGUCAGUCCACAGGACAAGUCAUCGAAUCAGGCUAUGUCCUUGGCAAUAUUACGAGUGAUACGAUUAGUUCGAGUAUUUCGAAUAUUUAAGUUAUCUAGGCAUUCGAAGGGUUUACAAAUAUUAGGACGAACUCUGAAAGCCUCAAUGCGGGAAUUAGGUUUACUUAUAUUUUUCUUAUUUAUAGGCGUCGUACUCUUCUCAUCGGCGGUUUAUUUUGCGGAAGCUGGAAGCGAAAAUUCCUUCUUCAAGUCCAUACCCGAUGCAUUUUGGUGGGCUGUCGUUACCAUGACUACCGUUGGAUAUGGUGACAUGACACCUGUCGGCGUUUGGGGAAAAAUUGUGGGAUCACUGUGUGCCAUUGCUGGUGUGCUGACAAUCGCACUGCCGGUACCGGUUAUCGUCAGUAAUUUCAAUUACUUCUAUCACCGCGAAACGGAUCAGGAGGAGAUGCAGAGCCAAAACUUUAAUCAUGUUACUAGUUGUCCAUAUUUGCCAGGUACAUUAGGUCAACACUUGAAGAAAUCAUCGUUGUCUGAGUCCUCAUCGGAUAUGAUGGAUUUGGAUGAUGGUGUUGAAUCAACGCCGGGAUUAACUGAAACACAUCCUGGACGUAGUACGGCGGCUCCAUUUUUAGGAGCACACACGCAGUCGCAGUCGCAAUCGCAGCAGCAACAGCAGCAACAACAACAGCAGCCACCGACGUCACAAACGCCGCCACACCAACAGCAGCAGCAACAACAACAAACGUCGUCCUCGCUCGAUAAGCAGCUGCAGCAGCAGCAGCAGCAACAGCUUUACCAGCAGCAGCAGCAGCAGCAGCAACAGCAGCAGCAGCUGCAGCUGCAGAACGGCUACAAGCAGCAGAAGUCCACAAUAAGCGUCAGCGGUGCGACAGCAAGUGGUGGCAAUAGCCUCACAAUGAGACACAAUAAUGCCUUGGCUGUUAGUAUCGAGACCGACGUUUGACUACUGGUAAAAAAGACGUUACGUGGUAUAAAUUUGGCCUUGUCAAGUGUUACGUUGGAUGCCAGAAACGACUACAAAAGCUGUUUAAGUUUAAUUUAAGUAGAACAAAUAACAAACAAAUUUAAUCUAAUG